AUGGCGCGCGUUUAUGCUGAUGUCAAUAAGCACAUGCCACGGUCCUACUGGGACUAUGACAGCGUGAAUAUCUCAUGGGGUGUCCUGGAGAACUACGAGGUGGUCCGCAAAAUCGGCCGGGGAAAGUACUCUGAAGUAUUCGAAGGGAUCAACAUCGUCAACUACCAGAAGUGUGUCAUCAAGGUCCUCAAGCCGGUCAAGAAGAAGAAGAUCAAGCGGGAGAUCAAGAUCCUCCAGAAUCUGGCAGGUGGACCAAAUGUCGUCGCCUUGCUCGAUGUUGUUCGCGACAACCAGAGCAAGACUCCGAGCUUGGUCUUUGAAUAUGUCAACAACACCGACUUUCGGACACUGUACCCGCGUUUCUCCGACUAUGAUGUCCGCUUCUACGUUUAUGAGCUUCUGAAGGCGUUGGAUUUCUGCCACAGCAAGGGCAUCAUGCACCGAGAUGUGAAGCCGCACAAUGUUAUGAUUGACCAUGAGAAACGAAAGCUCCGCCUGAUCGAUUGGGGUCUCGCCGAGUUCUACCACAAGGGCACGGAAUACAACGUGCGAGUCGCCUCACGAUACUUCAAGGGCCCCGAGUUGCUUGUAGACUUCCAAGAGUACGACUACUCCCUAGACAUGUGGUCGCUCGGUGCUAUGUUCGCUUCGAUGAUCUUCCGCAAGGAGCCCUUCUUCCACGGUAACAGCAACUCCGAUCAGUUGGUCAAGAUCGCCAAGGUGCUUGGAACCGAGGAACUCUUUGAGUACCUGGACAAGUACGAGAUCGAGCUUGAUCCCCAGUACGACGAGAUUCUUUCCCGCUUCCCCCGCAAGCCUUGGCAAUCCUUUGUCAACGCGGAGAACCAGCGAUUCAUCAGUGAUGAAGCAAUUGACUUCUUGGACAAAUUGCUUCGCUAUGAUCAUGCCGAGCGUCUUACCGCUCAGGAAGCCAUGGCUCAUCCUUACUUCACACAGAUCAGAGCCGAAGAGGCAGCUAAUCGGAGUAGCGCCUCCUCAUGA